UCACACAAGCAUCUGCAAUUCCCCAUCCAACUCCCAGCGAAACCACUCUCCUCUCCUCCGAACAACCAGCAGCAGCAGCGAUCCAUGGCCCCCAAGGCGGAGAAGAAGCCGGCGGCGAAGAAGCCCGCGGAGGAGGAACCCGCGACCGAGAAGGCCGCGGACAAGGCCCCCGCCGGGAAGAAGCCCAAGGCGGAGAAGCGGCUGCCGGCGGGCAAGACGUCCGCCGCCUCCAAGGAGGGCGGCGAGGGGAAGAAGGGGAAGAAGAAGGCGAAGAAGUCGGUGGAGACGUACAAGAUCUACAUCUUCAAGGUGCUCAAGCAGGUCCACCCCGACAUCGGCAUCUCCUCCAAGGCCAUGUCCAUCAUGAACUCCUUCAUCAACGACAUCUUCGAGAAGCUCGCCGGGGAGUCGGCCAAGCUGGCCAGGUACAACAAGAAGCCCACCAUCACCUCCAGGGAGAUCCAGACCUCGGUCAGGCUUGUUCUUCCCGGGGAGCUCGCCAAGCACGCCGUCUCCGAGGGCACCAAGGCCGUCACCAAGUUUACCUCCUCCUAGGCGAUUUACUGUCUCCCGUGAUUGAUCCCCUCCUUUCGGUAGUAUCACUCUGUAGUUAGCUGAUGGAGUUCUUUUUGUUCCUGUUCGUCGUCGUGUAUGAACCGUGCUGGAUGUGUGCGAUAAACAAUGGAGAAAUAGGACCUAAUGUUCUUCAAUUGUGGCUUCCA